AUGGGGUUGCAGGCCGCCUUGAAGCUGGUGGAACUCCCCUAUGUUUCCCGCUGGAUUAAUGAUGACAUUCGACCCAUUGAGGCUCAAAGACGUACCUGGGGUUUCUUGACGUUUCACAACUUUUGGCUGUUGGUCAACUGCAAUAUCACCACCUACUUGACUGGCAGUGCCCUCAUCCCUCUAGGUCUAACUUGGUGGCAGGCCUUCAUAUGUAUCAUUCUUGGCAAUGUUAUUGCCACCGCCGUGGUGAUUAUCAACUCACUUCCGGGCAGCUACUAUCAUAUUGGCUUUCCUGUGUUCAGUCGAGCGGUAUGGGGUAUGUGGGGAUCACAAUUCGUCAUCUGGAAUCGCAUCUUUCUGUCCCUUGGUAAGUUUCCCUACUCAUCAUACAAUUACGUCACACAGCAGACCAUAAACUCAUUCUGCCUGUCUCUAGUCUGGUAUGCUUUCACUGCCUGGGUGGGAGGAGAGUGCAUCUACGUGAUCCUUCUUUCCUGGGAUCCAAAGCUUGAAUCCCACAUUCCCAAUGGCAUGCCAGCGGACACGGGUAUGACAACUGCGCAAUUCGUCUCGUACAUCAUCUUCAGCGCUAUUUCUCUCCCAGUCAUCUGGAUCCGCCCGCAUCGUCUCGAGAAAUUCUUCCACUUUGCCUGUUCCAUCACUCUUGUAUUUUUCAUUGUACUGCUUAUCUGGGCUCUCGCAACUAUGGGAUCUUCAGGCUUCGGCGAUACCAUUACCUCAGGAUCAGCCCUACCUAACACAGGAGGAUCAGACAGUGUGGCUUGGUUGAUGAUCUACGGCAUCGUCUCAACAAUCGGUUCCAUCGCGGCGGGCAUUCUGAAUCAGAACGACUAUUCUCGAUUCGCUACACAACCUAAGCAUGCCAUCGUAGGCCAAGCUAUCUCGUUCCCUUUCUAUAGUAUCUUCAGCUCUCUGAUCGGCAUCCUUGUCACUGCAGCGACCCAGGAGCGAUUUGGUGGCGAGGCCAUCUGGAACCCGCCUACGCUCUUUGCUCAGCUGCUGGCCCAGGACGAAACAGCCGGAACGAGAGCAGCAUGCUUCUUUGCGGGUCUCUGUCUCGUCAUAUCCCAGAUCGGAGUCAAUGUCCCUGGAAACGCGCUUGCUGGCGGCUUUGACCUGGCUGCGACAUUUCCCAAGUACCUGAACAUCCGUCGUGGCGCCUACAUCACCGCGAUUUUCAGCGUCGUGGUCAACCCGUGGCGUCUCGUCAACACUGCAACAAUAUUCCUCACUGUCCUUUCAAGUUAUAGUGUCUUCUUGGCUCCGAUGACGGGAUUGAUGAUAUCUAGCUACUUGAUUGUUAACAAGAGCAAAGUGAACGUGGACCACUUGUACCGCGGCGAUUCGGGGAGCAUCUACUGGUUCUCCUACGGUUUCAACUGGCGAGCCCCAGUGGCAUGGCUUGUUGGCGUUGUGCCCUGCAUGCCAGGCUUCAUCGCCGCCGUCGACACGUCCGUAACUGUUAGUGAGGGCGCCACGGAGCUGUAUUCCAUGUCGUAUAUCUAUGGGCUUCUUUCGAGCGGCUUGGUGUACGCGUUGCUGCAUUGGCUUUUACCGGCGAGAAGUCUGAAUGCCUUUGUCAAAGAUGCGCCCUCGGCGCGUGAACUUCAACAAAUGCAACAGAGCAAGUGGGACGUGACGCUGGCCGAGACUCCUGAACUUCUUGAAGUGCUUUCUGGGCCUGGACCCAAAACAGCAAACUCCGCCACACCCUUCAAAGAAGACGUAUAG